CUGCGUGCCAUUUUCCUUUCUUUUCGUUUUGUCGCCUCUCUCCCCACUCGCUCUGAGUGUGCUCUCGCUUUCGCCUCCAAGUCUUGUACCUCCAAAAAGAGGGAGGGAGGAGAGGAGACGAGAGGUUUGCGUGACAGCGAGCGAGUGAUUACCUCAGCCGGCAGACAGCCGCCAAAGCAGUGUUAGUGAGUGGUAGUGAGAGCUAGUAGAGCCCAGAGGAGGAGGGGAGCACCAAGCACGAGCAUCUCCACUUCUCCACUCUCCAGUCCACGCGCGCCCCAUGCCCGUCUGCUCCGUUUCCACCUCCACCUCCACCUCCAUGAGGGCCAGCUGAGGAAGACAAGGAAGGGGAAUCUCUCCCCCAUUCGCCUAGCCGUCCUGAUCUGCCGGCUCCCGGCGGCAACCCCUUCUCUUCCCCCCCUACAGGUUUCAUCUAUGGGGCAAGAUGCUGGCUUCAAGCGCGAGGGUCAUUCUGGAUUGGGAGCAGGUCCUGAAACUUUGAAGACCUCUUGCUGUACCAGUGAAGAAAAUGAGAGUCGAAACAGAAGAUACCAUCAGUUGAAAGGCUCAGAGAGCAACUCGGGGCAGUUACACCUGGACUACAUCCCAAAUUUCCACUGCAAGAGCUUGCCAACAAGAAGCCGCAAGACGAAUGCUGAACAAAGUGUCAUAGGGAAGCGUGGUUCUAUGUACCAGAGCUCUAGUGAAAUUAGCAGAAUCAGAAAAAUCCAGGAGGGCAGGAGGAAAAUAGAUUCUGCAUUUGAUGGGGAUGCAUUUCUGUCCUUUGAUAUUGUUGAUGCAUCCUCUCGCCCUAGCACAAGUGGAGCUUAUCUGCAUUCCCAUCAGAACCGGAGGUCAGGUGCUAAGCCUUCUGUAGAAACUGCUCGUAAGAUUAAUCGAGCAUCAAAGGACUUCCUGGACCUUUCGUUCCGUGAACUUCCUGAUGAGAAUUUUAAGCUGGACCGACCACGCUUGGACAGUACCUUGUUGAAAAAUGAUGGAGAUGAUGGUUUCUUGGAGAUUUCUCUUGAGAAAGAGAUAACGAAGGGUGGCCCCUGCAGAAAUGCAGCUCCUGUCUUGCUAAGCACUGAAUCAGGUAAAUGCACUGAAACAAAUAACCUGCACAAGAUGAGGGGAUGCCCCAGUGAGAACGACUGUGGUGAGAGGGGGAGGGAUUCAGCAAGCAGUUCCAAAUCAACACCUGUGAAAGCAAGCUCCUUUGAUGGUACCUGUCAAUCUAACGGUGUUCAACAUCAUAUCAUAGAGAACAGCACUAAAGCUCGAUCAAGCCCCUUCAAGAAGAUGCUGGACCCUAUCAUGAAGUCCAAAUCUCUUAGGAGCCCGUCUCUCAUGGAAAAAGGAGACUCCAACUCUAUAACUGGGACAGGUAGCAAGAAAAAUUCCAUGUCUCGAAAAUCACUGUUGGGUGAUUUUUCAAGAACUGAACAAGCAUCUAAUUGCCAGCCUAAUGGACAAGCACAGCGUGUCAAAUCUGCUUUGUCACCUGCUCAUCUUCAAGCGGUUCUUAGAUUGGAUUCCAAGAAUGGUGUACAGGUUUUUGAAUUCUGUGUUGAGGGCCCAGAAGAAUCCAUUUCUGCCAGGAAUUGGAAAACUGGAGAUGAGUUGAACUCUAUAUACACCUUCCAUAGUGGUGGGAAACGAUCCAGUGCUGCUGGAAGGAUCUCCAAAGAUGGAGGCUUGAAUUUACCGCCAAUUGUAGGCCAGGUGCAGGUUUCAUCUUAUUUAUGCUCUGAAGUUGGAAAAGAUGGUACGGUGAAUAACUCUGUCGUCACUGAGUUUGUUUCAUACGAUAUUGCUCAUGCAAGGCGGAUUGUUGAGGAAAAGACUCAAUGUACAGAGACCCCUCAACAACCACUGUGUGGUGUCGUUGAUAAAUCAAUCUCCGGUGAUUCUCCACAGAGGAUUAAUCUGAUGGAAGAGAACAAGAUUGGGAGAAAUAACUCGGAUGUAUCUACAUCUUGCCCAUGGUCUGAAGAAGAUCUUUAUCCUCAUUUUGAGAUUGCAGCAACUGUGAUAGAGAUUCCAUUUAGUAAAGACAAGUCCAAAGAAAUGAAGAACGGUUCAUCUCCUUGUACUGUCAAAGUUGUUACACCUAGUGGACUGCAUGGUUCACCUAGUGAUGAUGAAGCAAGCCCAUCUCCCUUGCUAGAUAGAUGGAGGUAUAGUGGGGGUUGUGAUUGUGGUGGAUGGGACAUGGCUUGUCCCAUUGAAAUUCUUGGCAAUGUAUAUGAUAAUAACUGGGCUGAGUCUGUAACCACCAAUGCGAAACAUCCCAUGGAGCUCUUUGUUCAGGGUAGCAAAGAAGAGCUCCCUGUCCUUUCUAUGAAGGAGAAUGGGAGAGGACAGUUUUUGGUGGAUUUCCAUGGGCGACUAUCAGCAUUACAGGCAUUUUCAGUUUGCAUCUCUCUGCUGCACUGUUCUGAAGCUUCGAUCGCCAUCAGUCUCGAGAAGGGGAAGCAGAAACUGUAUUCCAGCUCACUUAAGUUGCUCCUUGAGGAGGAUGUGAGGCACCUAAUCGAGGCCGUUACAGCUGAAGAGAAGAAGCAGCAGAAGAAGAAGAGGAGAGAAAAGGCACCUCCAUCUGUUCUGCUUGACCCACCUUUUUCUCCCAUUGGAAGAGUAUAGCAAGGCAGGGCGCGGCUGAAGCUUUAGGACCCAUUGUGUGUAACAUUGUUUACUAUCGGUCAAGAUUUGUCCUCAUGUUCAUAUUUUCCUUUUACUGAAGGGGCAAAUUCAUGUUGUUCAUAAGGAUGGGGGGGUUGCAUACUUGCAUGUAGUGUUAGAUUUUAGCAGGCAGUAAGGUCAUAAUGUACUGUUGAGAUGUUGAAUAGAAAAAAAAUUAGGAGGCAGUUGCAUGUUCCAGUUGGAAGAAGAUAAGUGAAUGGAGAAAAGCUGGCUGUCGCCUCUGUAUGUAAACAUCAGCUGAAACAAAAUGUAGCAUGAAGUAGUGUUCAGUUUUCACUCUGAUUGCGCAUUUCAAAUUUGCACUUUGAACUGGAGGUGCAUUGCAUUGGAA